UCACCUUUUAUUUCAAUAUUUUACCAAAUGUGUGUGCUAAGUUUUGACUUCAAAUGCAAUUUUUCAUGUCGUUUAGACUAAUAAGAGAUAAAUAAAUAACCCCAUAACGAUGAGGAUGGAGAGGUCUUCAUUAAAUGUUCUUAAAUCGGAGGAAGAGGAAUCGAGUCAGGGGUGUGCAUGCUGAUCGCGUCCACUCAUGCACGAUGCUGAUGAUUGCGUUUCUAGACAAGCCUCAAAUGGUUUGGAUGGUCCUUGUGGGAUUUAAACUGAUGGGGCUCAUUUCCUUCAUCCAGGAUAAAGUCCAUAUGGUUCCACGCUGCACAGUCACGCUGACACAGCAGCAGGAGUUAAAAAAAAGCAUUCAACUUUUCAUUUUAUUUAUUUUCUUCUUGUAAUAAUAAUAAUAAUAAUAUCAGUGGACUGCUUAUUAAUUUGAUAUAUGGCUGUUUAUUGUCUACUUGCUGUUCUUUCCCAAUAGGUGGAUAUAGUCUUUGCAGGUGCAAUCUGUCUUUUUUUUUUUUUUUUUUUUUUGAGAAAAAAUGUUGUGCAGACUUUCUUUCCUGACCCAGACUACCAAGAUCCAGACCCAACAGACGAGAAAAACACGCAGAAUCUUCAAAUAAUUCCACUAUUCAGUAGGGAUUAUAAUCUUUCAGCGGCCCCCAUUCAUGUUUAUUUAUAGUUCUUUGCACAUAAUUUGAAAAUAUCAAGCAGCAGCUAAAUGAGAGGUGAAAUGUGUCUUUGAAGCCACGCGGCGGAUAAUUCCAGAACCGAGCAACAUCCAGCAUGGUAGUGCGGGAAAGAGUUUGUGUAGCAUAGCAUGCUCCUUUCAAGGAAGCCGAAUGACAAAAAUCUCUUUCUAGGAAAUGCAAUCUUAGUGAAGAUAAAGACACUCCAGUCAUGUAUUUGUGGCAGUAUCUCCGAUGGGGGUCUGGGGAUGUGCCUGCCUGAUGAUGGGGUGAGAAAUGGAUCACCGCUUCCCUCUGUUUUAAGUGCACUCUCCCCCAUUCUGGGUGUCAAGCAGCAGCUGAGGGUUGCAGCAGUGUUCAACACAGGGAGUCACUUGGGGCGUCUUUCAGGGAAUUGAUGAUUUUUCACAUGAAAAUACGCAGCUGUUCGGUCCGCAGAGUCACCUGCACAGAUGUUAAGCUGCAAGGUAGUAAACAUAUCUAUCUGCAGUAUUGAAGGCUUAUGUAUUUAUACAAUCUUGAUGCAUUUUACCUGAAAGUAAUAACUUAAAAUACUUACUGUGGAUUCCUGAAUAGCCACGUUUACAUGAGGAGUUUUUCUCUUUCCGAAUGGAAUCUUUCCGAAUGACCUUUCCGAAAGCAAUGGUAUACAUGGAAAGGAAUAUUCCAAUGGCGUGUCUACAUGCGAUGCUAUAAUCAACCAUGUGCAGUAAAACGUAAACAUCAACAUCACGUGAUACCGACUUUCUCGAGUUUUUCUUUCACGUGUUGGAAUAACUCCGUAUUGCCAGUUUUUCGUGCGUCCAGUCUUGAAAUUUCGUUUGAAUCAAAAACAAACUUUCCCCAGCAGUCCAGUGCCGAUUGCUCGCCUCCAUUUUUUUUAAUCGAAGAACGUCUCGAGUUGUGUGUUACGUCAUAUCUCAGCAUUCGCUGAAAGAAUGCACCCGGGAACAGGAAAAGAUAAAGUUCAAUCUUGCUAAUAUUUUAUAAUUAAGCUCGGCACGUGUUUUAUAUAGAUAUGUAUUUUCUUUUUUAAUGAAACUGGACUUGUGAAUGGCGUAUAGAAGGGUUUAGAUUCUGUUCCACAGAUGGCGCUAAUGCACACAAAAGCUGCUUGCCAACCGCCAAAAAACAACAGAAGAAGAAAAACACCACAAAGAAGAACGCAGUGUGACAACUUUCCGUUGGAGUGGGUACAAGAUCCCUCAAUCGGAUUGGGGAAAGGAAUAUAUCCUGUGAAUCCGAUUAUAUAUUCAUUCGGAUUGGCACUCUUCUUUUGGAAUGAGGUGUAUACAAAGGUUAGAUUCUUUCUGUUUGAGCAAAUAACCCGAAUGGAAUUGGAAUAUUUGGGUCCAUGUAAGCCUUCAACGUCCACUGAUUCACUGGAGCAGCUGGGCUUAUCAUUAAAAUUCUUGCAUUCACAAGGAGAGCAUUGCAUUCACAAGUAAUUGGAUGAGAGUCCCAUUAGCCCUCUGCAACUAAAGAUGAUGUUGCCAUGGAAACAAAUUGUUCUACUAUCAAUCACGGGAUGCCUUGCAGUCUGUACAGACGAUGUCAUAUUUCAAGGGCCUAGAUUGAGGACAGAACCGAGUGACCUCAUUUUGCCCAUCAGCUCCCCCAACCGACAGGCCACCAUUAUGUGUGAAGCAGAAGGGAGUCCUCCUCCACAGUACAGAUGGUCACUAAACGAAACACCCAUCGAUCUUGGGAAUGACUACCGGCGUCGCAUGUCUGGGGGCAACUUGAUCAUUAGCAACUUGGACAAAGACCAAGACACUGGGAUAUACCAGUGUAAAGCCUUCAACACGUGGGGGUCCAUCCUGAGCCGGAAGGCUACCAUCCAAUUUGCAUAUCUCGAAAACUUCAGAACUCAGACAGUGAGAAGCACAGUGAAUGUCCGGGAAGGCCAAGGAGUGGUUCUCUUAUGUGGUCCCCCUGCACAUUCUGGAGAGCUGACUUUUGCAUGGAUCUUCAAUCAAUAUCCGCACUUCGUCCAACAAGACAGUCGGCGCUUCAUCUCACAAGAGACUGGAAGUUUGUAUAUAGCCAAGGUAGAACCCUCGGAUGUGGGCAACUACACUUGCGUGGUUAACAACACCGUCACACGGGAGAAGAUGUUAAGCUCUCCGACACCACUGGUCCUCAGAAGUGACGGAGUAAUGGGGGAAUACGAGCCCAAAAUAGAAGUUCAUUUUCCAGACUCUGUUCCAGCUGCGAAAGAAUCACUUGUCAAACUGGAAUGUUUUGCUUUGGGAAACCCUGUUCCAGUAAUAAGCUGGAGGAGAACUGGAGGAGUCCCUUUCCCGAGCAAAGUCAAAAUGAAGAACUCAAACGCUGUUCUGGAAAUCCCAAAUUUCCAACAGGAAGAUGCGGGAACGUAUGAAUGUAUUGCAGAGAAUCGACGAGGCAAAAAUGCUGCACGGGGUCGUGUUUCAUUCCAUGCUAAACCUCACUGGUUCCAGACAAUGGCUGACACAGUUCUGUCCAUCCAACAAAAUCUGUUCUGGGAGUGUAAGGCCAACGGAAAGCCUAAACCAUCGUACAGCUGGCUGAGGAAUGGAGAACAAGUGAUUACCGAGGGCCGGAUACAAAUCGAAAACGGGGCCCUUUCAAUAGCCGCGUUAAACCUGUCAGAUUCUGGAAUGUAUCAAUGUGUGGCUGAAAACAAACACGGUAUUAUUUAUUCCUCGGCCCAACUAAUCGUGUUAGCAUCACCUCCCAGUUUCUCCAAAAAUCCAUUAAAGGCUGUGCUGAAAGCUCGCUUUGGUAGCGAAGUCAUUCUUGAAUGCAAGCCUCAAGCCUCACCCCCAGCAAUUAGCCUUUGGAAAAAGGACAAUGAGUUGCUGCAGAGAAAUGAAAGAAUGUUAGUGUUUCCCAAUGGAACAUUAAAGAUUACCAACGUAACCAGAGGGGAUGCAGCCAGCUACACGUGCAUCGCCAAGAACCAGUUUGGCUCAGCAAGCACCACUGGGAGGCUGCUUGUCACCGAGCCAACCAGAAUCACCGUGAGGCCCACAAACAUGGAGAUUAUUGUUGGCGAGAGCAUCGUGUUGCCCUGCCAGAUUGCCUGCGAUCCAGCUCUGGAUGUCUCUUUCUCGUGGGCAUUUAAUGGCCAGCUCAUCGACUUCCAGCAAGACACCGAUCAUUUUGAGAGAGUGGGUGGGACUGUAUCAGGAGAUCUUAUGAUUCGCAACAUUCAGCUGAACCAUGGCGGGAAAUACGUCUGUGUUAUUGACACUGAGGUUGAGAGUCUGUCCACCUCUGCCAUCCUGGUUGUCAAAGGUCCACCAGGCCCUCCAGACAAAGUGACAGUAGAGGAGAUCACAGACAGCACAGCGCAGCUUUCCUGGACUCCUGGAAGAGACAAUGGCAGCCCCAUAACCGGUUACAUCAUCCAGGGUCGGACACCGUUUACUGUGGGCUGGCAGGCUGUUGAGACGGUGCCUGAAGUGGUAAAUGGCAAUACGCUGACUGCAACAGUGGUGGGUUUAAAUGCUUGGGUGGAGUAUGAGUUCAGAGUCGUGGCACGCAACAGUGUGGGCCUCGGUGAGCCCAGUCCGGCCUCAGCCAAAACCAGGACAGAAGAUGCCAUUCCCGAUACAGCUCCCACGGAUAUCGGUGGAGGAGGUGGCACAAAGUCUGAAUUAGUGAUAACGUGGGAGCCUGUGUCCGAAGAACUGCAAAAUGCCGAGGGCUUCGGAUACAUCAUCGCACUCAGGCCCGUGGGCACAGUCACUUGGACGCGAGCUGUCAUCUCCACACCUGGCGCCGCACGUUACGUCUUCCACAAUGACACCAUCCCACCCUUUUCACCUUUUGAUGUGAAAGUCGGCGCGUUCAACAAUCGAGGGGAGGGGCCAUUCAGCUCUAUCGCCACCGUGUACUCGGCGGAGGACGUCCCCAGUGUGGCUCCUAAGAUGGUUAGAGCUAGGAGUGUGUCUGCAACACAAAUUGAAGUGAUCUGGGAGGCCCUUCCAGCCAUCCCUGAAAGAGUGCUCGGAUAUGAGGUCAUGUACUGGGAAGACGACACCAAACCCGACACUGUCGGCAAAGUGCGCAUCUCGGGAAACUACACCGUUGUUAACAUCACAGGGAUGAAUCCAAACACAGCCUACUAUCUUACCGUGUCCGCCUGUAAUACGGCUGGCCCCGGGCCGCAGUCCAUGCCCAUCAACAUCACGACAAGGAAACCACCACCGAAUCAGGCACCUCUAAAUAUCCAAUGGUCCAUGAUUGGAUCAACACUGUCACUGCAUUGGGAUCCUGUGGUUGCCACGGAAACAGAGUCAAAAGUCACUGGAUAUUUGGUCCUGCUGAAAAGGCACCGUUACAAUGAUAUCAACACUUUGGUCACCAAUAAAACCUCCGUGCAGCUCAGCCUGUCCGCCAGCGACAACUAUCUCAUUCAGAUCAAGGCCACGAGCGAGGGCGGCGAAGGUGUGGGCAGUGAGCCCAUCCACAUCCACAAAUUAAGCAUGGGAGCGCGGGGCUCAGGCGCACACUGUCUCAACCCAUUAAACAUGGCUGCCGUCCUCAUCAGCGCCCUGGCCCGCUUCGCCUGGUGAUGUCUAAUAAGAACCUUCAUCGCUCCUUCUUUCCCUUCAGCGAGCCUGUCCUAAUGUUACCCCUCCAUUGGAGGGCCCAGGGUACAGCGGUAGGACGGUAAAGACUAUAUGACAAGGAUGUAAUGAUAUGAAGUGCAUGAUACCUUACAAUAUUUCCUCUGGAGUUAUAAGUGCCACCAUGCUGUUUCAUUUUCGAGGUUAUGAUGUCAAAACGACUUAUGCUAUGUAUCUGUUAGCGAUACAAAUGCCUUAAAAUCAAUUUUACACAUUCACUCCAUACCAAAUUAGGCAACAGCGGAUGCCAGUCAAGCAUUUUGCAAAAGAAAUACUGAGAGAAUAUACAGUAUCAUGUCAGAUUGUCACUGUUUCCAACUUGUUUAACCAAAACAUGAAAUGCUAUCAAUCAAAAGUUAUAACCAGUUUCACUGACUCGAUACAGGUGUUCGGAGUUCAGUUUCUACACUAAGUCAAGUUUUAUUAUGACUAAAUUCACUUUUAAGGCACUAACGCUGUCCACCGAACUUAUGAAGAACUUCAAAAAUACAUGAAAUUGAAGAAUUAAACAAAACAGUAAUUUUUUUUUAAGUAAAACAAAUUCAGAUCUUUACUUUGUGGCUUUUUGGGAUGAGAUUUGGCAGAUUUGUUAUUACUGAUUUGUUAUUAUUUUCACUUUCAUAGGAGUAGAUGCUUUAACAUGCCGAAAGAUAGAAUCUUUUUAAUAGCGUUUUACUACCAAAAGUGCUGCCGAUAUUGGUUUCUCCUCUCUCUGACCUAUAAUGUUCAUUUUCACUUCCACAGUGAAGUCUUUUGUUUUUCUACGGACCGUGAGACAAGCGUGUAGUCGUCCGCUGAGUGUGCCGAAACUAGUUGUCAUGUUACUGCAGUGCUGACAGAACGUAAUUUAUGGGAGCAUGUACGUAACUACAAAACUCGAAAUGCCAUAACCCGACGAUGAGCUGUAUUUUAAAUGAGGUAAUACAGAAUCAAAAGUUUUGGGCUUUGAAAAAAACAACUAUCAAUAUGUAAAUUUACGUUUGCCCAGUUUUAUGAAAUGUAGCAAUGCCAUUUCUAAUCAGUUUUUUUUCAAACCAACAUAAGUGCGUACUUAAAUUAUAGUAAAUCUGUUGUCGGGCCACAGGCUAAGCUUCAGGCCUUCUUGAAAAUACACUGAUUUCUCUCCAUCUUCUGCCCCUAAAUAAUAAAUGUCCAUCACACUCGGCUUCCUCAGUCUAGUGAAAAGGUGGUUUAUUUCAUAGAAGAUAUGCGUGCAGCGCUUCCAUCUUGUCAGACAGAUCCCAAGUGUAUUGUUCGCCUUUUACAUUUCCAUGACCUGUGUUCUGUAUCACCACGGCUACCACACACACUAUAUAGAUGAUCGCCUGGUCCAGUGCACAGUGGACUACAUCAAUGAUAGUGCCUUCACCAGAGCUCAAACAUAGUUGUUUAUUUUCAAGUUGCUCACACAUCCAAAUAACACAGAAGUCAAUAUUUACUUGGGUUUCAAAAUGUGACACAAAGUCCUGUGGGAGAACGCUGAGAAAUCCCUAUUUGUGGUUAAGGUACAAACAGUAAAUAUUUAUUGAAAUUCAUCUAAAUCCAUGAUAAAAAAAAAUGGUUGCUUUGUAAAAAGCGGAGGAUCGGAAAGGGUUCUCGGACCCCUGUCUGGAAAUGAAGCAAAAAGCAUGGUUGGCAUUUUACCAUCAACCUCACCCUGUGCUGAACAGUGAGAAAAGAACGUAAAGGAGCGACAUUUCACCCCUCUUUUCAUCACGUGGGCGAACCUUCCAAAAUCCAGCCAUGAAGGAGCUGCAGUGUGAUUACUCCGGUCCCGAUAGCGCCCAUAUGGAUGUGGAACGAUAGAGCCAACUGCUACACAUUAUCGUGCCUUUGCUGAACACGGGGCUGUGCACAUCAGCUGAGAGGUUAUCGUCAUCUGUAGUUUUGCACUCUCCCGCCUCUCAAAGUCAAAAGCACAAGGAACUGAUGCAAGGUGACUGGAUGUCCUCCCUGAGCCAUCUGAACAGAUGUGGCCGUCAUAAAGUCCUACAAGGGCGGCAUAAUCAGGAUGUCCAGUCUGCUGCCUGACUCGUUUCAUAAAGCCCCUGUGUUCGUUGAUGGGACUAUUUCAUAGUAAUCAAUGGAAUAUUGAUUUUUCUGUGCUAUUAUUACAGCUGUCAUAUUUCAGUUUCCUGGUUGACUGAUGGCCCCCUUUCUUCGGCUCAUUUUGUUGUGUUAGCGUCAAUGAUGUCCGUCACUAUUUCACGGUGUUUGUGUGUGCGCUUGUACUUCUGUUUUACCAAUUGGUGUGUUCUUUGUUUGUUUGUUUUUUUUUCUUAAGGAUCUGUAGUAGUGCAGUACUCCAUAGUGAUUUGACAAACCUGAAAUCGACAUCUUCAUUUGUGAGGAUAUCUUCAAACAUCGUUCUUGAAUUUUUGUGCUUGUUACAAGAGAAUUUUAAAAUGACAAAAUGUGGCAAAAAAAAAAAAUUCAAAUUGAAAUAAUGAAUGUCAUACAUUACUGGAAUGGAUAUGAAAUCACUGCCACAGUAUCCUUCAGAAAUUGACCGAGGUAUAAAAUCUGUUUGCUCAAUCCUUCAUGUGUUAUCGAUUACACUGGGGAACAUGGAAUUUGGUGCCUGAGAUAUUAGACCCAUUUAUUGUAAUUUGCGCUUGUUGAUUCUAAAUAUGCUAUCAUUUUUUCUCCAUCUGCUCUGGUUACUGAUAUACGUAUGAUAUACCUAGUGACGUGCGGUGAGGUCCAUGGCUGGUGAGGCGUUUUUAUUUAUGUUAAUACAACUUGACAUCAAGACAAAAAAAGGUAGAAAAUAAUACACUAACUUUGUUUUGAAAUACUUCUUUGUCAUAUGUGUUUAUUUGUUUUAAUUACUACCGCCUUGUGUCCAGAAUACUCCAUAUCAUUUGUAUUUCAAUGUUUUGACAAGUAACAGACCAUAGUCUACCACAAAACAGCAAUCGUUUAUUAGUUAAUUAAUUUUUGAAGAUAUGUGAUGUAGAGAGGGAGCGCUAAGCGAACCACGAUAUCGCAAGGGACGACUGUAUAACAUGGUUCAAUGGACAAAUAUUAGUGUUAUCGGUAUUAUUUUUGCCCAUUUUUCACCUAACCCAACCCCCCCGACCGCACGUCACUGGAUAUACAGUUGCAAGCAACCAAUUGGACACAGGGAUCGAUGUACAAAUCAUUAUAUUUGCCUUAUUUUAUUAAUAAAACCGAUUUCUACACAUGGAUGUUUUUUGUAUUAUUUAUUAUUUAGCUACAAUAUAAAAUCAAGAAAAAAUACUGUGCUGACAUGCUAAAGGAAAGUACAUUAUCUAAAAAAGCUAGUUAUAAAAAAAAAAAAUGAAAGUCAUAUUCUGGUGCUGUGGAUUGAAUGUCAUAAUGAGGUAUAGAAAUCAUACCAUUUUGUUCCCCAGUGUUAUCAGAGCUUUCAUUGUAUGAUUGAAUGACUGUAAUUACUUACCAUUGUUUCGCCUCACAGGUUUAUUGUUUGUGUCUUUGAGUAAUGAAUAUGUCGAUAUCGGCCCUCUUAUGAUAAGAACAACCGACAAUGGGAACCGUCAGUGUUGUUCUGGACAGCCUAGAAACAUACUUUACAAUUCAUUCUAUCAACGCUAAGGUUUUUAAUGUAUAAUUUCAAGUUGGCGACAAGAAAGAAACCAUACACAAUCGCAUUAAUUGUUACCUAAUCGUGUUUUGCUGUCUACUACAGCGAAUCGUUGUGUUGGACUUGCAUUGGGAGACGAUUCCACAUAAUUCAUAUACAAUGUAUGGACCACAAACGGCAGCGUAUCUACGUAUUUUUUCUCAAAGGAUGACCCGUGUGAAAUGAUUCCUGUGUUUGUUUCUUGAAAGUUGCAUUUCCUACUGUGUAAAUACCUUGCAUAUAUUUUUAAAUAUGGCCACCCAAGACAACCUUAAUGCUCUUCUAUAGUGUGUUCUCCAGCCUUGCUGUAUUAAUUCAUGAUCUCUAUGAGAUGCUGAGAUGUAGAGUUGCAUUUUCACAUUGAAAAGUAACUGUUUUGUCUUGUAUACUAAAAUUGUGCAUGGAAAUCAUUGUUUGUGAAUUUUGUGUUGGGGUUUUUUUUUCUAAAACUAUAACUUAAUAAAUAAAAAUGUUUAUUCCAGUCAUCGUUUUCUUUGAC